AUGCGACGAAUCAGCUGGAAAGGAAUAUUCAGAUCCCCCUUCAGAUCCAGACCAGUUUAUCUAUUUAUUGUUUUAGAAGGGUUAAUCAAUUUCGAGAAACGACGCAAGGAGUUCGAAGUGUUGGCGAAACUGCGACUGUUCCAAUCAGCCGCACGUGCCUAUCACAUUCCGAUGGAUCGAGUCUUUUGUGCCUGGUUCCACUUCUUACCGUGUUUAUCAGAAAAGGAAUGCUUCAAUCGAUCGUUAGAAGUUGAGCAACCAACAACUGUGUCAACACCUGAUAUGAAUUCCCGACACAACACCAGUUUAUCCAACGGAAAUUCGGGUGUUUUACCAAAAAGCAAUACCUUGGCUCGUCUGUUUAAUUCAUCCCGAUCUGGAGAGGACAGCAUGACGAAUGUGUCCCAGUCACAUUCACAUUCGCAUUCUCAGUCCAGUUUCACUGACCCUGCGCUCGAUGCUGGUGUCGGAUCACCAGUUGGUAUUAGAGCCUCACAUGAAGGAUGCACCAACUAUGAGGAAUGGAUCGAUGGCCGAGUAGAUGGUGGACCUCCUGGCCCGGUAUCCCUUUCGCGAACACUUUCCCGAACGACUCCUGGCGUGCAGUCGUUCACAGCGCCAUCGACACCAGCUAGUUCCGUGUCCUACAAAGGUGGACGGUCGACCUUCUAUCAGCAACGUAUCGGAUGUGAGUUCUCACCUCUGGAUGUCUUCCCACAUAAGAGAGCGUACAGCGGUGAUUCGACUCAGGAACUAGAAGCUUCUAUUUCGUCAACUAUGCCUGAAUGCUCACGAGUGUGCUAUGAGCAUUCGCGCAUGGACUGUGAUGAGUCAGCGUGUUGCAGCAUGUCCGAGGCGCAGAAACGUGGAUAUCACCAAAGUGAUGCUUCAACAUGUUCUUCCUCAUCGUAUCAGUCUUCUGGACCUCAGGGAGAUGCUGGCUCAUUUCACUUGGCCCGAGUUGGACUAGAUGACGAAUGUCAACCCAGUGGUGGAUGUGCAAACUACAAGUGCAUAAAGGUAUGUAUAGUAAUUGUAUUACUGUUCAUAAUUCAAGAGCAUUCAUGGAUGAAUCUGUUUCAUUGUUGGUUGACGAGACCGAAGUUCCAACAACUCAUUCUUCUUUGCUAA